UUGGAAGGGACUCGAAGAGAGAUCCUGGAAGACGUGUCAGAGUGGCUGAAUGAUACUGAAGCGCCGAAUGUCCUUUGGCUCAUUGGCGGUCCAGGAUCAGGAAAGACAGCAAUCGCAGGAAACAUCAUUGCCGAACUCGAUCAGCAGCAGCGGUGUGGAGGCUCCUUCGUCGUGAACUCUGCUAAUGGCUUCCCCCACUACAUCUGGCGCUCUGUAGCCUUCGACCUCGUCUCAUUCAAUCCAGUGCUGAAGACUGCAAUUCAUUUCAAUCUGGUCGACGAGACCGGGCCCAAAGUCGACACCAGCGAAGUUCUUCCUAGCUUUGACGGGCUGAUAGUCGACCCACUGACGAAAAGCAUCGACCAAUUAACAAAACACCCGGUCAUUCUUUUGGACGGUAUUGACCACUGUGACCGCCGCACCUACCCUGAUGACUGGACUGCUUUUCUGGAUACCAUCGGACGCUGGUCUGAAUUGACACCCAAGGUUAAACUCAUCGUGACAAGCCGAGGCGAUGAAGAGAUCGCGCGAGCAUUCAAGGAUCAGAGUAUCAAACGGCUCGAGCUGCCCACGGGAGUAAACGUCGACGAUACAACCAACAGUGACGUCCGUCGCUACCUGGAGCACAGGUUCAGGGAAAUCCGGAGAGUGAAUCAGCUACCGCCAACUUGGCCGCGUCCUGACCAAAUUCGUAAAAUUGAGGCGCACUCCGCUGGACUCUUCACUUGGGCUCAGGCUGCAAUGGAUUCCAUUCAAUCAAACUCCGAUGACUAUGAUAAACAAUUGUCGUCCGUGGUGUCUGCGGGCCUUCGGCACAGAUAUGACAGCGUCGACAUGCUCUAUCAACAGGUCUUGUCGAGAUCAUUCCCUAACAGCGACCAACCUAUAGAUGGCUUCCAUAGAACGAUAGGUGCUCUCGCUUUGGAGAAAGCCCCUUUGACUCUCGAAGAUUUCCAAGAACUCUUCGAGGAUGGAUAUCACUCACUGUCCUCCAGCGCAGUACAUCUAAAACUAAGCUCCAUGAUCUCCAUCGACGAGCAUAAAGGCGUCUCUCUCCGACAUCAUUCUUUCGCAGAAUACUUGAUGGAUCGUAAACGGUGCACCAAACAGCACUUCUUCAUUGAUCGCAUACGUGCCAACACAAACGUCACCAUCGCUUGUCUCAAGCUGAUGCUUCACGAGAGAAAUGGACUGAGGUUCAAUAUCUGCGGUUUGAAAUCAUCGCACUUGGCCAACAAGGAUGUACCAAACAUCGAAGACCUUGUCUCAAAACACAUCCCUUCCAGCCUAUCGUACGCUUGCAGAUACUGGGCUGAUCACCUUCGCGACCUUCACGACAUGUCUGAGAGACGAGAUGUUGAACUCGUGAAUCUCCUCAGAAUAUUUUUACGAACUCGGUUUCUGUUCUGGCUAGAAGUUCUGAGCCUAGUGAACGCAGUAGAGUCUGCUGCACGGGCCCUUCUGUUUACAGCUGAAUGGCUGGAGACAUCUGACAAGGAGUUGGCAUCCUUCGCAAAGGAUGCCAGUCGAUUCGUUCUAAUAUCUCGAGAUCCAAUUCGAGAAAGUGCUCCUCAUAUCUACCUGUCAGCUUUGGCUUUCGCACCCAGCGAUUCGCGAGUAUCAAAACAAUACCGGCCUCAGUUCCAAGGGCUGCUCGAUGUCAAAGGUCGUCAGUCGGAUCAUUCGCCGGCCCUACGUCUUGCCUGGUGGUCGCAUGAUCAAAAUGGAGUCCUGGCAGUUGCAAUCUCCGCGGACAGCAAACGGAUUUAUUCGGGACAGGCCGACGGUUCUGUGCGUGUCUGGGAUUCUACAACAGGGGAUUCCGCACAUACUACCUACAAGAUCUUGGAAGGCCACACCGACUAUGUGCGAUCCGUUGCGUUCUCUCCUGACGGGAGGAAGAUAGCUACUGCUUCAGAUGAUAGAUCCAUCCGGAUGUGGAGCACUGAAACUGGCCGUAUUAUCCUCGAACCUUUCACUGGUCAUACGGACUAUGUUCGUGCUGUCGCAUGGUCACCAGAUGGUAGGCUGGUGGCGUCUGGAUCUGAUGACUAUUCAGUCAGGAUGUGGGAUCCACUGACUGGGAAUCCAGUCGGGCAGCCUAUGACUGCUCAUACAGGCUACGUCGUCUCAGUCGCGUUCGAUAGCGAGAGCAACCGCAUUCUCUCAGGCUCGAUGGAUUGUACUAUUCGGCUCUGGGAUAUAGAGACAUGCCAAGGGGCCUGCGAACCAUUGCUUGGGCAUACAGGCACUGUUAAUUGCGUCGCAAUUGUCUCCACUGCCGUCUUAUCUUCCGAUGGGAUUCUUGCCGCUACUGGAGAAACUGACAAAUUGGUUCGGAUUUGGGCGGUGGAAAGCGGACGGUGCAACUGGACUUUGAAAGGCCACACAGAAGCAAUCCACGCUCUCGCCUUCUCCUUGGACACCAGUAAACUCGCCUCUGGGUCAGAAGACCAGACGAUACGUGUAUGGAAUGCGUAUACGGGCGAGUGCUUAUGUGGUCCUCUUCAGGGCCAUACAGGUCCCGUACGAACCUUGGCCUUCUCUCCAGGUGGUAGCCGUAUAGUAUCAGGCUCGGACGACCGCACAGUCCGUCUAUGGGAUAUCAAGACUGGUACGAACAUCUUUGAACCGUUAGAGAAGCACCAUGCGAUAGUGCGUUCUGUUGUCUUCUCCUCAGACGGCAAGUAUGUCGCGACGACUGCGGAAGACAACAACAUCAUCAUCUGGGACACUAUCAGGGUUUUGGACAUGGAUACUUCGACGUUCGUGUGCGGACCCUUGAAAGGCCAUCAAGGACCUAUCACUUGUGUCGUCGUUCUUUCCUUCGCCCCAUUUGGCGAACGCAUCGCCACUGGCUCUGAUGAUUGCAAUAUCAGCAUGUGGAACGCGUAUACGGGAGAAUUUAUGUUCAAUUUUCCUAUGGAACACGAAGACCAUGUUCGCUGCAUUGCAUUCUCAUCCGAUGGUCAAUACAUAGUGUCUGGCUCCGAUGACGAGACCGUCAGAAUUUGGAAUACUCGUUCACCGCCGGACGAAUCUUUGUGUCAAACCUUCCAAGGACGUGGGGGUUGGGUUUAUUCUGUCGCAUUCUCUCCAGAUGGAGAGCACAUCGCAUCGGGCUCGGCGGACGGCAAGAUCCGCAUCUGGAACGUGCACAGCGCUCACGAGCAACCGAGACUGCUUGAAGGUCCUGAAGGUCCUGUUCACUCAGUGCUUUUCUGCCCUAAUGGUGAUGGACGUCGUCUUGUCUCUGGCUCGCAUGACAUGGCUAUCCGAAUAUGGGAUGUAGAGGCAGAUGAACCCAUAAACACGCUUACAGGGCAUCAUGGCCCUGUCCUCACUCUCGCAAUAUCUGUCGAUGGGACCAAACUUUUUUCCGGCUCACAGGAUGCAAGCAUCAGAAUUUGGGACCUAGAAUCAGGUGCUCCUUUGUCUGUUCCAAUACGUGGACAUACAGACCGAGUCUUGUCUAUCGCGUUGUCGCAUGACGGGCGACGUCUAGCAUCGGGCUCUGCAGAUAACACAGCCGCGAUUUGGGGCAUAGAUACUCACGAUCAACUGUUAUGGCCACAGAGCUUUACGCGCCACGUGCGAGGAAUGGAGCUAUGUGCUUUGGACAGUGAAGGGUUUUAUACGGAUGACUCGGUGGUAGAGGACGGUUGGGUGCAAGGCCCUCAAUCUGAGAUGUUGUUCUGGGUGCCUGCCACAUGUAGGGCCGGAUUAUGGUCCCCUCGAACAGUGGGUGUGUUAGGGGCGGUGGAGACUGCGAUCGACUUUUCGCGGUUUGUGCAUGGUGCGGCCUGGGAGCAAUGCAGAGCGGAGACUCCGGCGAUCUCGACGCAACCAAUUCCAGUUGCUUAG